AUGGGUUCGGGCUGCUCCUGUUUCUUCCCUUCUUCUUUUCCCCUCUCUUACUCGUUCGUUUCACCACAAAAGAUUGCAACAAAAGAUAUGAUGGGGCGGUUAGACUUCAGGCUGGAGACGCGGGGUGCGGCACAGCAAUGUUUUUUUUGCUAUUUUCUCCUUGCGCUCCUGCUCUCACGAGACAGACAAAAAAGAGGAGGAGUGGGGAAAAGGGAGGGGUUAAUGACAAAAAGACUGGCUCGUGAAAAAAAAAAGAAAAGAAAAAAAAGCAACCCCCCCUUCAUUUGCCUCAAAAAGCGAAGCGUAAUUUUCUCUGGCAUUUUGGACGGCAGCAAAGGGUAUAUAUCUCGUGGAUGGGCAUGUCCUUCUGAGACCCCUUCUCAUGAGCCGAAUCUCGCGAGGUGCAGAUGGCUCUUUCAUGUUUGGCGAGGCGGAGGCAGAUCUUGA